CAUCCACCAGCGUGUCAAACUCAUAGUUCAUAAGGUCCGAGAUGAACUCGUCCAAUUCAUCCUGCUGCAGCCCAUCUGUGAGGAGACACAGACGGGUUUACUGUCAUCAGAAGAUCUACAAAGCGUCAGUGAAAUGAUUGAUUUGCCAGCUCUGACCGUUGUCGAUGAAGUACUGCUGCAGCGCGUGCACCAUCCACUCCGCUUUCUGCUGACUGUGCGCGCCCCCGAAACCAUUAUCGACCGCGAUCUGUGAGCAAACACAUCCAUUACAUCUACAAAUCACUGCUCUGGAUCAGCUCGAGGUGCGCAUCAUCACAAGUCCUCUGCAGCUGGAUGAACUAUCGUUUCAAGACAUAAUCACCGGCCACGUUUCCAAAACAACCCCGAGAUGCUUCAGUGAACAACUCACGUGUGGAAGAUAUGAGCGGCGCCAUCUUGAAAAUCAGCAGACCUGAAAAGUCGAUCACAGGUGAAGAUACACCAGGAUGCUGUGGAGUCUGUUGGCCGUGACGGUGGUUUCAGCUGCUGUCCUGUAUGUCCUCUAUCACUGGUUCAUCCCUACAGCUGUGCAGAGCAGCGGCUGGCUGGCACUUCUCUGGCACGAUGUCAUUCAUGAGCGGCUCCUUAACAUCAUCACGGGAACAUCGCGACCUCAGCGCAUGCUGAAAGCCGUUCAGAAGAAUUCUACUAAAGGAGACCCUCAGAGCGUCAUCUCAGCCAUCGACUAUUACUGCCGACACAAAGAAUGGGCCAUGAACGUGGGCGAUGAUAAAGGGCUCAUACUGGAUUCAGUGUUGAUGGAGGUAAACCCCAGCAUGGUUCUGGAGCUCGGCACGUACUGCGGCUACUCCACCGUUCGGAUCGCUCGACUGCUGUCCCCUGGCUCCAAACUCAUUACAGUCGAAUUCAACCCAGCCUUUGCUGAAGUUUCUCGUCAGAUCAUCGCCUACGCCGGCCUUCAGGACAAGGUUACUCUAGUGGAGGGAUCUUCUGGUGAUUUAAUCCCCAAGAUGAAGGAACGAUUUGGAAUAAAAUACUUUGAUUUCGUGUUUUUGGACCACUGGAAAGAUAGUUAUGUACCAGAUACGAAACUUCUUGAGGACUGUGGUCUACUGAAAAAAGGCACUGUCCUGUUGGCCGACAAUGUAAUUUGUCCUGGAGCCCCGGAAUACUUGAAAUAUGUGAGGAACAGCCCACGCUAUGAAAGCCGAUACUACAAGUCCAACCUGGAGUACACCAAAGCAGAAGAUGGCCUGGAGAAAUCAGUCUUCUUAGGAUGAGAAAGAAUGAACAAAUAAUUUUGUUAAUCAGGGACAGCACAAGAGAAAAAGAACAUUGUCAUUGUAUUGUUUGAUAAAGCUAAGAAAUUCAAUCUCUUAAAAAAUCAUGUUGUUUUCCUAAUAAAAAAAUUCACAAUGUAUUUUUUUUCCGGCAGUAUUUUUUCUUGUUUUUUCAUUACAAAUAUUUGUAAUUAAGAUACAUUUACUUAAAAGCAAAAAGACAUCAAAUAUUUAGUCCUAUUGUCAAGAAAAUUUAUACAAAUUUAAUUUUUGCUUAAAAUA